UCAUUUGUCAUCUGUGAUUAUUGUAACAAUAGAAUAAUCACAUAGCUUGCCGGGCUGGUCUUAUGUACAAUGUCUCCACAGAGGACUUAAGAUCUAAGAAGAUUUAGGAGAACUACAUAGCCAUAGAAUGUCCAAGGGUGAUGUUAAACCCACAUGUUCCACAAAAGCACCAUCUCUGUAUAGUAAAGUUAGCAUUCUUAGAACCUUCAGAAGUUCCCAGAAUUUUACAAAGUGAAAAUCUCACAAAAACAUGAUAUAAUGCUUAGAGACUGUAUGAGUCAUAACACCACAAAUAAGUCCUAUAUAAGAGGUUUCUUGUAAGAAUAAAGAGGAACUUCUUCAUUUCCUUUUCUUCUUAACUGUCCUGUAACAGGUGUUGCUUAAGGCAUCGUGUCAGUUAUUUUUUACACAAAGGGAUUUAGUAAUACAUGUCAUAUCCAACAGCAAAUGGAAUUUCAACCAAUAUCGAGUAUUACUGGUCAAAGCCAGCUCUGCCAAUUCUGUGCUUUUCCUUGAGUGGUUCAAUAGUUUGCAAUGGUCCCGUAUGUCUGUUAAGACCCGUUGAACAUUUCAGGGUACUUAUUCAUUCAGCGUUAGAAGAUGUUUAACAAUCAAUGGCACACACAUCCCUCACGCCAUAAACAAAUGAUUGCUGGGACUGUCAGCGUAAGGAUGAGCCGCCUUAAGGCCGCAGCCAAUGCUAAACUUCAUUGGAGAGUUGGGAGGAGGAGAUAGAGAGACAUACCAGUGAACUUCAUGAAUAUCCUCCCCCCCAUGCAGCCAGCCAGUCUUUAAAGGCUUCAAUCUCUCAGUGGACUCAGUUGUUCAUGAUGGAGCUCAGUGGAGCAACUGCAGGUAGCCAGAACCAGGGGCUCCCCAACCCUGUCUUUGAGAUGCAGGACAUGGUUUCUGUGGAUAUGGAAAUGAAUGUGAGAUCCACCACUGGAGAAGGACUGGAUGAAACAACUAGAAAACCCUACCAAAGGAUCUUGGAGGAGAAAGUCGAGUUCAUCUCCAGGCACUUUGAGAAACACCAGAAAAAGUUCUGGUUGGUCUGUAAAAUUCUUUUCAUGGCAGGCUGCGUCGCUGUAGUGAUUGCGGCGUGUGUAGUGAAUUUCCAGCGAGCGCUGCCUCUCCUCGUCGUCACGCUGGCAGCCAUCUCCUUUCUGCUGUGGGACUGGCUGAUGCAGCGCUACCAGCAUCACAUUCAGUACUUUCUAGCACAGGUGGAGAAAGUGAUGGCAAAGCAGAUGUUCUGUCUGAAAUGUGUGGUGUAUGCCGUCCUGUUGGGGGCGCUGGUGAGCUGGCUGGUACUGGAUACAGCCAGAAAUGGCUCGCAGCAGCUAGUCUCCUUUGCUGGCCUGCUUAUUUUCUCACUGGUGACAGUGCUCUUCUCCAAGUAUCCCUUUAGGAUUUCCUGGAGGACCUUGCUAUGGGGCAUUGGCCUACAGUUUCUGUUUGGCCUCUUAAUUCUCAGAACUAGGGCUGGAUACCUUGCCACGGACUGGCUUGGGAAGCAGGUGGAGGUGUUCCUGGCGUACACAGAUGCUGGCUCAGAGUUUGUUUUUGGUAAAACGUUCAAAGAGCACUUCUUUGCAUUUAAGGUCCUGCCCAUCGUGGUUUUCUUCAGCACCGUCAUCUCCAUGCUGUACUACAUAGGCUUCAUGCAGUGGCUUAUCCUGAAGGUGGGGUCCAUCAUGCUAGUUACCAUGGGAACAUCCCCCGCUGAGUCCAUGGUUGCAGCAGGAAAUAUAUUUGUAGGACAGUCAGAAGCGCCACUCCUGAUACGGCCGUAUCUUUCCAAGCUCACAAUUUCAGAGAUACAUGCAGUGAUGGCUGGAGGCUUUGCCACUAUAGCGGGCAGCGUCCUGGGGGCCUUCAUAUCAUUUGGGAUCCAGGCCUCACACCUCUUAAAUGCCUCCGUGAUGUCGGCACCUGCCUCACUGGCAAUCGCUAAGACUUUCUGGCCUGAAACAGACACACCCAGGAUCACAGCUAAGAAGGGCUUCAAACUGGAGAAGGGGGAAACUGGUAACCUGCUGGAAGCUGCCUCUCACGGUGCUUCCACCUCGAUCACCCUGGUGGCCAACAUGGCUGUGAACCUCAUCGCAUUUCUAGCUCUCCUCAGCUUCCUCAACGCAGCUCUGUCCUGGAUGGGAAACAUGUUCGACUUCCCCCACCUGAGCUUCUCUCUGAUCUGCUCCUAUAUGUUCAUGCCGUUUGCAUUCCUGAUGGGCGUGGCUCAGGAAGAUACCUUCAUGGUGGGCGAGCUGAUUGGAUACAAAACAUUUUUCAAUGAAUUUGUAGCCUAUGAGAGGCUUUCAGUGCUCAUCAAAAAGAGGCUUGAGGGAGGACCCGAAUAUGUGGAUGGUGUCAAGCAGUUCCUCUCUGUGCACUCUGAAACCAUAGCAACGUAUGCACUCUGUGGCUUUGCCAACAUUGGAUCACUUGGGGUGAUCAUAGGAGGCUUGUCGGCCAUGGCACCUGAACGCAGGGGUGACAUCUCCAGAUGUGCGAUCAGGGCUCUUAUCUCCGGGACGAUGGCCUGCUUCAUGACGGCUUGCGUGGCAGGAAUCCUGUACGUACCAGAACCACAAUGUUAUCAUUAUUUAGAAUACGAGCACCUCUCUGCAAUGACUAAUAGCACAGAGCUGUUGACCUGCUGCUUGGAUCUCUAUGCCAGAGUCACUGGGGUGAUCCUGUCCAACAUCACCACUGGCGGUGGCUACUCCAUGAAAGCGCUGAGAAACUGCUGCUCUCUUCUGAACGCCACGUCGUUUGACUGUCAACGGAUCCAUUCCUGAGGGAGAGGUGAAGACCUCCCAACUUUGGCUCCCCCACUGAGCUCAGGGCGUGGCAGGGUCCAUCAACCACGACAAAUGAAGCACUUCACAGUGGAACAGCAUAAAGCUUUUUGCUCUUUUCCAGUGCUGCCCUUCACGCAGUUUUCAGUUCUGGUAUUCUUGCACUAGAAGUGAAAUUCCUGGCCCUGCGCAUCCGAUCGGCCACUUUGCUGUUUACUGAUGAUAAUCCAUUAACACCCUAAGCUCCCUGCCUUUGUACUGGUCAGAUGGGCUCCCCAAAUGUUCAGUUCAUUUUCUGACCACUUUCUAACCAUGUUUGGGAUACUGUGCUAUCCCUGUAGAAUGGAAUAAUAUUUCAGUACUACUAAAACUGUAUAACAUUUACAGAACACAAAAGCCCUUUGCCUAAUGCCCAUACCCCCCUGCCCCCCCGACCCCCUCAGCGAUUCCCCUUCCCCUCUCCUCUGCACCGUCCUCUGGCCUCUGCCUGCCACUGCAUGUGCUCAGUGGCUCGUCCUCUCACGUUUCGUCCUGGCCGCCCUGCCACGGCUGCCUGUCUCUCGCCCAUCCGUCUCACAUGCCUGCUUUACUCACAGUGCACGUCGUGCAUAACCUUGAUCCAUCACGUUUGUUUGCCUGUUAUGUUUCCCAGUUUUUGGGUGGGAUGGCAGUCAGUGUGCUCAGGCAUUGUGAGGAUUCCAUUAUUGUUGUUGCUUGGUAUGUCUUGCUUGAUUUUUUUCAGUUAUAUUUCUAUUGAUAACUAUUAUUUGAUACAAAGUUGUUUCUUAGUCCUUGCUUAGACAGGCCAUUAUCUUAAUCUUUUAUGUAUUUAUGCUCUUAUCAGCUGUUAGAACCAUAUGUUCUUUUAUAUUCAGCAUAACAACAUCUGCCAGGAAAAUAAAAAAGAAUGUCAAUAAUAA